AAGAAACAGAGCGAUACAGAGAGAAACCGGAACAGGGCUGGGCUCAGUGUAAACUGCCCGCACCUCCCUCCGCAAUCACACUCCGUUUGGGCCUGCACAGAACGUACAGAUGUCGGCUACAGCUAACCUGAGCACCACCCGGAAGAUGGUCCAGCAACUCCGCUCCGAGCUGGCCAUCAAAAGGCUGAAGGUAUCUCAAGCAGCUGCAGAUCUGAAGCAAUUCUGUCUGCACAAUGCCCAGCAGGAUCCAUUACUGACGGGAAUCCAUCCAAACACCAAUCCAUUCCGACCAGCCAAACCCUGUUUGCUGUUGUAGCUAAAACGGGAUUCUACUUUCUUUUGGUUUCUGGGUCAUACGUGGGAAAUUCACCCUUUGGUGCAUGUUCAGAAAAAUAAUGAAGAUGUUUACACUAAUCUUGAUUCUCAGUGGCCUUUGAACCAUUGGACGAGCCAUGUUGGAGCUGUUUUUAAAAGCCUCUUGAAAUCUGUGCCAACUUUCCUUACUUUCACUUUGUAAAUUGCCUGUUCUUUGAUACUGAUCUCCACCUACCUCAUUGAAGCAAUGAGGUGCUGUACGUACAGUUUUAGUUGCUGCUUCUGCACAGGCCUAUUUCUAGAGAGAUUUGUACUUGUCCAUUGUUUAGAGGAAAAUUUCAAUAAAGAUCUGAAGUGAUUUA